CAAUAGAAACAGGAAAUAAGUUUCGCCACAUCCGGAGCUGCUCUGACGCCUGCGCUGUGCGUCUGGCGGCCGGUGACGUCCGGUGAAGUCCAAGAUGGUGGCGCUCGGCUGACCCUACCGUGGGUGACGGAAGUGCCGCCUCCGCCCGCCUGACGGCCCCGGGGAGCCCUGAGCUGCCCCGCCGCCACCGCCGCUAUGUCUGGCCUCAGCAAUAAGCGCGCCGCCGGCGACGGGGGCUCAGGACCCCCAGAGAAGAAGCUGAACCGCGAGGAGAAGACCACGACCACUCUAAUCGAGCCCAUUCGUCUUGGGGGCAUCUCUUCCACGGAGGAGAUGGAUUCCAAGGUACUGCAGUUCAAGAACAAGAAGCUGGCGGAGCGGCUGGAGCAGCGGCAAGCUUGUGAGGAUGAGCUCCGGGAGAGGAUUGAGAAACUGGAAAAGAGGCAGGCCACUGAUGACGCCACGCUCCUCAUUGUCAACCGCUACUGGGCCCAGCUGGAUGAAACCGUAGAAGCCCUUCUCCGAUGCCACGAGCGCCAGAGAGAGCUGUCUUCGGGAACAGAGGCACCUGGGUUCCAGGAGGGGCUAACCCGUGAUGUUAUCCCUCGAACAGACCCAGGAACAUCAGAUCUGAGGGAACCCAUGCCAAUGCAGUUUCGAACCCCUCUCAGUGAGCCGGCCUUGGCUUUUGUGGUGGCGCUGGGUGCCAGCAGCAGCGAGGAGGUGGAGCUGCAGCUGCAGGGGCGGAUGGAGUUCUCCAAGGCUGCUGUGUCUCGGGUGGUAGAGGCCUCGGACCGCCUCCAGCGGCAGGUGGAAGAACUCUGUCAGCGAGUAUACAGCCGGGGGGACAGUGAAGCCCCUGGGGAGGUGGCUCGGGUGCGCACCCGGGAGCUGGGCAGAGAGAACCGUCGACUCCAGGACUUGGCCACCCAGCUGCAGGAGAAGCACCACCGCAUCUCACUGGAGUACUCUGAGCUCCAAGAUAAAGUGACAUCAACAGAGACCAAGGUCCUGGAAAUGGAGACGACAGUGGAGGACCUCCAGUGGGACAUUGAGAAGCUGCGCAAGCGAGAACAGAAGCUCAAUAAGCACUUGGCAGAGGCCUUGGAGCAGCUCAACUCUGGCUACUAUGUGUCUGGGAGUUCCUCGGGCUUUCAGGGAGGCCAGAUCACACUUAGCAUGCAGAAGUUUGAGAUGUUGAAUGCAGAGCUGGAAGAAAAUCAGGAACUGGCCAAUAGCCGCAUGGCGGAACUAGAGAAGCUUCAGGCCGAGCUUCAAGGGGCUGUCCGGACCAACGAACGUCUCAAGGUGGCCCUGCGGAGCCUUCCUGAGGAGGUGGUUCGUGAGACAGGGGAGUACCGCAUGCUACAGGCUCAGUUUUCCCUGCUCUACAAUGAGUCUUUGCAAGUGAAGACCCAGCUGGAUGAGGCCCGGGGGCUGCUGCUGGCCUCCAAGAACUCCCACUUGAGACACAUUGAGCAUAUGGAGAGUGAUGAAUUGGGGCUGCAGAAGAAAUUGCGCACAGAAGUUAUCCAGUUGGAGGAUACCCUGGCCCAGGUACGCAAGGAGUAUGAGAUGCUGCGCAUUGAGUUUGAACAGAACCUUGCGGCCAACGAGCAGGCUGGGCCUAUCAACCGUGAGAUGCGCCACCUGAUUAGCAGUCUCCAGAAUCAUAAUCACCAGCUAAAAGGGGAUGCCCAGCGAUAUAAACGGAAACUUCGAGAAGUACAGGCUGAGAUUGGCAAACUCCGGGCCCAAGCCAGUGGCUCUUCCCACUGCAUUCCCAGCCUGAACCACCCAGACGACUCUGCCCUCAGUGCCCUAGCCCCAGGGAAAGAAGAUGGUGGGCCAGGCCCUGGAGGUACCCCCGACAGCAAAAAGGAGAUGGCUUCAGUGCCUGGAACCGUCUCUGCUGCGUCUUCAGUAAAGAAGGAGGAGCUGGUCUCCUCUGAAGAUGAUGCCCAGGCCCUAACCCCUGGGACCCAAGGCUUGCCCCCUCGGAGCCGAGAACCUGAGGCCAGACCCAAGCGAGAACUUCGGGAACGGGAAGGGCCUAGCCUGGGGCCUCCACCCGUAGCCUCAGCUCUCUCAAGGACUGAUCGAGAAAAGGCCAAGGUGGAGGAAGCCAAGAGGAAGGAGUCAGAGCUGCUCAAGGGUCUCCGAGCAGAGCUCAAGAAGGCCCAGGAGAGCCAGAAGGAGAUGAAGCUGCUGCUGGACAUGUACAAGUCAGCACCCAAGGAGCAGCGGGAUAAGGUGCAGCUCAUGGCAGCUGAACGGAAGGCCAAGGCUGAGGUGGAUGAGCUUCGGAGCCGCAUCCGAGAACUGGAGGAAAGAGAUCGGAGAGAAAGCAAGAAGAUUGCUGAUGAGGAUGCCCUGCGACGAAUCCGGCAGGCAGAGGAACAGAUUGAACACCUGCAGCGCAAACUGGGUGCCACCAAGCAGGAGGAGGAGGCCCUGCUGUCAGAGAUGGAUGUGACGGGUCAGGCUUUUGAAGACAUGCAGGAGCAAAAUGGGCGGCUGCUGCAGCAGUUGCGGGAGAAGGACGAUGCCAACUUUAAGCUCAUGUCGGAGCGGAUCAAAGCCAACCAGAUUCACAAGCUGCUCCGAGAGGAGAAGGAUGAACUGGGCGAGCAGGUUCUUGGCCUCAAGUCUCAGGUGGAUGCCCAGCUGUUGACAGUGCAGAAGCUUGAGGAAAAGGAGCGUGCUCUGCAGGGCAGCCUUGGGGGUGUAGAGAAGGAGUUGACUCUGCGAAGCCAGGCCCUGGAGCUUAAUAAGAGGAAGGCUGUAGAAGCAGCCCAGUUGGCUGAGGACCUGAAGGUGCAGUUGGAGCACGUGCAGACUCGACUUCGAGAGAUCCAGCCAUGCCUGGCAGAGAGCCGGGCUGCCCGGGAGAAAGAGAGCUUCAAUCUCAAGAGGGCUCAGGAGGACAUUUCCCGGCUGCGGCGCAAACUAGAGAAACAGAGGAAGGUGGAGGUUUAUGCAGAUGCUGAUGAGAUCCUGCAGGAGGAGAUCAAGGAGUACAAGGCGCGGCUGACCUGCCCCUGCUGUAACACUCGCAAGAAAGACGCUGUGCUCACCAAAUGCUUCCACGUUUUCUGCUUUGAGUGUGUGCGUGGCCGCUACGAGGCCCGCCAGAGGAAGUGCCCCAAGUGCAACGCGGCCUUUGGUGCCCAUGACUUCCACCGUGUGUACAUCAGCUGAACCUGAAACUCAGGGGACUCUGAAACACCCAUAGACCCUAGGGGCUGUGCCCCCAGCUCCCCACUCCCCCAGGGGCAAUGGCCCCAGCCUCCUUUCCAGACUCCAUGAACCCAGCCCCUAUGUACCUAGAUGGUUUGGGGCUACUGGUGCAUGCAGGAGAGGUGGAAUUAACCAAGCUGAGUACCAUCUUUCCCUGAAUGUCAGGUCUGCAGCCUAGGGCACUCCCCAGGCUCACAACAUCCAACUGGAGCCUUAGGAGCUGGCCUAACUCUGUUUCUACUGGGGAGACAGAUCCAUCCUUACCCCUAAAGGGGAAUUCCUCCACCAGGAAAGGGCUUACCACCUGCCUACACGACCUCAGUGAUGACCAGGGACCCUUUGCUUGGCACUGGGUCCUGGGCCCAGGGAGCCUUUCUUCACCUACUUGGCUCCAGGCCUGGGCAGGGCUUUAGCCCUCCUGUGGAGUUUCCUGUACCCUGGUGUAGCUUUUGUGCUGAAGAAGGUGCAGCCUUGGGUGUCUGCCCUAUUCAGGGAAGCUCUGCAGGUACGGACACUGCCUCCUCAUAGUGCUGAUUCAGGGUCAUCGAUUUCUUUUAGCCAGACACUCUUCCCCAGCCCUCUUGACCCUUCUUCGCACAUUCUGCUGCUCCCUUGAGCACCUGGUGCUAGCCCUGCUUUCAUCUUGGUGGUCUGAAUUGUGGAGGUGCAGCUUGCCUGCCAGGAGGGAAGGGACAGUCUAGCACUUCCAGUCAUUCCAGGUAGAGAGCUUUGCCUGCUGUCCUGCGGCUAGCCUGUGCUCAGAUGCUCCCUGCAGUACCUGCCUCAACAGACUCAACAGUGAAGACAGGACCCAGUGGAGCUGGGAGAUGGCCCUGCAGACAGCUACAGGAUCUUUUGGACUCACAGCCUCUACUCUAGAGGUGUUGUGUAUGGGCUGCUAAUUGUUAUGAAUAAAUACCCAACCCUA